UUCCACGCAUUUUUUAAAGUUAUUUUUAUUUUUUAAGUCGAUUUAAUAAAAUUCAAUUUGAUUGAAUCGAGUUUAAAAAAUGGCAACACUUAAGUGACGUAUUUCCGAGUACCCCCACUACGUAGCUCGCUUUAGCCGGCGGCCAUUUGCUGCGAGUCAUUCUGCGUUCUCGUGCUCAAGCCUUCGCACGUACAUUCGGAGCUCUACGCUUUCAACAUGGGAAAUAAGAGAAAAUAUAAUUCUGAAGAAGAAAUACGGCGUAAAAUACAAAAAUUGGAGAAGAAGCUACAAAAGACUCGUGAACAUGUCCAAAUAUCGGACGAAGAACCCAACCUCGACGCCAUCGUCGAGGAAGAUGUCGGCAGUGCUGUAAUAAGCUUACAGGAUGAAAACCAUCCUGAAUCACUGUGGCCUGAGUCACCGUGCCCAGUAUCACCGGCACGACUUGACUCCCCGGAGCGUGCCGCACCGGGCCUAAUAUCACCCUCCAAAUCUAUACCUGGACCCUCUUCGCCAAAAGAGACGCAAGAAGUCGUGCCAUCCGAGUCUCAACGGAAGGCCGACAACAAGACAACCGCCGCUGCUGCGAGAGGUCGACCGGCCUACCGCACGACGCGCCCGGGCCCCAGCGACUCGUACCGGCCUCCGCACCGCUCGCCGCCUCAUCAGCCGCCGCCGCCGUCGUCGAGGAGGACUCAUCGCACCUAGAUCACGAGGCUGCAUCACAGUCUUCACAAGACGUUACGCUUAGCUGCCGCGAAGUUGUCAGGCAAGCUCUACUAAAAAGAUUCUUAUCUCCAAGAUCAGUCGAAAUUAUGUUAGCCUCCUUAUCAGACAAUACAUAUAAACAAUAUAACGGCUGUAUCAGAGCCUGGAUUACCUAUUGUGCGAUCUAUAAUUAUGAUUAUAUGAAAGUUUCCGUCCCUAUAAUCAUUCAUUUUCUCACGAGUAUUUUCGAUAAAGGGGCUAAAUAUGGUACUAUAAAUUCUUAUAAAUCCGCCUUGUCAUUAUUGUUAGGUAAAAAAUUAUUAGAUGAUGACCGUAUAAAACGGUUUAUAAAAGGUGUUUUCAGAUUGAGACCCACGGUACCAAAGUAUAACAUGACUUGGAACCCUAAUAUUGUUUUAAAUUAUUUGGCAGAAAAGUGGCCUAACGUAGAUCUCGAUCUGGAAACACUUUCCAAAAAGACCCUGACUUUGUUGGCUUUGGUGACUGCUCACCGUGUCCAAACUUUAUCUUUGAUAAAGUUAAGUAAUAUCACUACUCAACCAUCUAUCGAUAUUACCAUUAAAAUACCGGAUUUAGUAAAAACCUCAAAACCAAAUUCAUUUCAACCCUUUUUAAGAUUGCCCUUUUAUAAUUCUCGUCCCGAAAUUUGUCCCGCUGGAUGUUUAGAAGAGUAUAUUCGUAAAACUCAAACACUUCGCAAAAAUGAUAAUGAUCAUUUAUUCAUAAGUUACAAACGUCCAUAUUCUAAAGUCACAUCACAAACUCUAAGUCACUGGAUUAAAAAUACUCUUCAAUGUAGUGGCAUUAACACUGAUAUAUUCACUGCACACAGCACUCGUCACGCGGCGACUUCUUCAGCCAACAAAUCCGGGGUCAAUAUAGAUGUUAUUAGGAAAACUGCAGGUUGGAGUGAUUCAUCCUCAGUUUUUGCAAAAUUUUAUAAUAAGGAAAUUGUCACAAACUCCAAUCAGUUUGCUGAAUCGAUAUUAGAUGCAUGCUUGUAAUUCCUG